CAGAAAAUUCCGAUUUGGUUCAUUAUAAUUUGAAAGUAAAAAAUUCACUCAAAAAAAUUCAAAAAUUUUAUACCAAAAUAUCAAAGAAUACAUUGUCUACCUUAACAAUUGUACAUUUACGAUAGUUCAAUUGCAAUUUACAGUUGGUAAAGAAGAGUACAUUGACGAAUAAAGAAUUUGGUAGUUCUCGAUUUCAAAAAAAUAAAAUGUUCGCUCUUAAAAUGUUAUCGCUGCUGUUCGUUGGAUUUGCAGUUUGCACCCAGAUCGUCACUGCGAGUGUUGAUGGUAGUUGUACGUGCUACGGUGAUGUUGGUGACGAAGUACCAAUUUCUGAUUCUCAAACACCACUCUCAUUAGAUCCAUCAAAGCCAUUGUUUACUCCACCAGAGAUUCAGCAAAUGGACUAUCACACUCCCAGCACACCCAGCAAGAUAAAGUCCCCGAAUCGAAAGCAACCAGAGCCAGAAACAAAGCCGAGUUUAGUUCAAGACAAUAUAAAACUCUUUGAAAAACUGUCAAAACAAACUCAUUCUAAGGACGGUGGCGUAAAGAAAAAUCAGAAAAAGUCACACACAAAAUGAAUCAACAUGAACAGCAUAACGCCAACAAAUCAAUUCAUUUUCUUUUAGUUCGUCUUAUUUAACUUAUAUGUUGAAAUUGAAUUGAAAUUUUAAUAAAUUUUGUGCUGACAAAGUAAA